ACCUAAGUAAAUGUUUGUUUUUAAUUUUUCCCCAUAAUAAAUUAAAUAUUCAAAACAAACACGAAUACCGACUGAAACUAAAGUCUGUACGAAUAUAAGAGCUAAUGAGAUCAGUAGUAUUUUAAUUUACAUAAUGCUCAAACAUUUACAUCGUUGUUCUUGUAAUUACUUGGUGCGCUGGGGAUUACGAUACGUUGGGGAUGCAUCAACCUCCGGUAUCUCAAGUAAUACAAUUAAUACUAUAAGUAAUUGUCUUAAGAUAAAAGAAAGUGAAGCUCAUUAUAUGUGCUUAAAACAUCCGACGAUAACAAAACUCAAAGACCAAGAAAUUAUUGAAAUUGUGGAGACUGUAAAGGAAUUAGGUUAUCCAAAGAAAGUGCUUGUUGAACAACCACUAUUGUUCAGCUCAUUGCCCAUAACACUAAAGUAUCGGCACCAAGUGUUAACGGAAUGUGGGUUUGAAAAUAUUACUACUAAACAUCUAACAUCUUAUUUAACUUUAGUAAAACAAAAGACUGUAGCAGAACUCAAGAAAUCUAAAGUUAUACCAGCUGUUCUGAACAUUGAAAACAGACUUGCAAGUUACAUGACCCAAUGGCCGACAUCUCUAACAACAUUAAUUGUUGGUGAUGCAGAGGAAAAAACAUUGUAUCAGUUGCGAUUAAAAAUAAUACAAAGGUACCUUGAAUUAGUACUAGAUCUAACUGAAGAAGAGUUCUACAGAGGUGUCCAAACAUAUGCAACAAUAAAGCACAGGCCUUUAGCUGUUAUCAAUGAAAGCCUCACACUAUUGCAGUCAAGUUUGAGAAUACCAAAAGAAAAAAUUAAAAACAAUUUAUACCUGAUACAUACAGACCCAGAAAAUUUGAAACACAUUAUUUUUGAAUUUAGGGCUAUUGCUGGAAUUGAUAUAAAAGAGAUAGUCAAACUGCAUCCAAAAAUUGCAAUGAAAAAUUUUAAGACACUAUUUGAAAUGAGAAGAGUUUUGCAAAACUACAAUAUUAGUGAUGAAGCACAAGCAAAGUGUUUUCCGAUAUACACUCUGAGUCCAGAAACUGUCAGUGAAAGACUAGAAAAAGCUAAAGAGAUUCCCGAAUUUGAAGUACUUUUUAAUCACCCAAGAUUUUUGAAAAUGAUAUAUUAUAAUAAAACAGCAAUCAAAAGAUUGCAAAGUUUAUAUUCAAAUAAUAAAAAGUGCCUUAGUUUAAAUGUCUUGUCAGGAUGUUCUGACCACUAUAAACUGUUUGAGAAAGCCCCAGGAGACCGUUCAGGCAAAGGAAAAGAUUUAAUAUUUUGCUUGUCAGAAGCCUUUGGCAAAAAGAUCAGUGCUAGUCUAAUUAGGAGACAAAUACAGAGACAUCAGUACUGGAUCAAUGUCCCUGUUGUACAAGUUAAAUAUGUGUUUAAAAAAUUAUCAACACAUUUUACUGAUAAAGAGAUUUACGAAAACUGUACCAUUCUGUUAUAUCCAUGGAGUAAAGUUAAUGAAACUAUAAAAUUAAUCAAUGCUAAUGGCAAAAACAAUAAAUCACCUCUCUCAAACAUUAUUGAUAAUGUUGACUAUUCUAAAUUGAAUAAAUCCCAAGUUUUAAGCUUAGUCUUGUAUUUACUAGAGAAGAAACAUUAUUUCACAGGAAAUGGUAUAUGGACUGAAGAACAGAAACAAAACAUCGAGUUUUCUUAUGUUGAAGGGACACAUAACAUAAAAGACAGUUCAGCAUAAAUAUAUCUAAGGAGUUAGGUAGAUCACAUGUAAAUGAAAAUAAAUAAGACUAUUUUAUACUGAAAUAAAAUUAAACUAAGUCUAAAA